UACUUGUUAACCUUUUAGCAAUGAUUUUACUUGGUGGAAAAGAAAAUACUCUUUGGACAUUUGUAUUUGAACCAUUAAGACUACUAGAAACAUUUGGUUUUGGAUCGACUGCAUAUGACCCUAUACAAAGUGAUGGCGUUCAUUAUGACUGUGGAUGUGUAAUAUCUGAAACAGGAGCAUUAGUACCUUUUUCUACAGGAAGCGCACUCAGUGUUCCAGCUGCUUACAUUGCUUAUUUUGCUACUUUUGGUGCUAUGGCUUGGCAUUUAUUAUUAUUUGAUUCAUCUGUAGAAAAUCUCUAUAAUCCUAUUCUUGCUAAACAUACGAUUGAUUCUACAGCAGUAACAGAACAUAUGGCUGGUAAUAGUGUUCGAGCAAAAGUAUGUCAUUUCGUUCGUGCACGAUUGUUAUCGACAUAUCAUUUUCUCUCAAUUCAAUUCAAUCAAGAUGAUGCUUGUCUUUUAUUCAAUCGUUGUUUUGAAUUAUUUGCUCAAUUUAGUUGUCAUCUGGAUGAAAAUUCAUGGAUUAAACCAAUUUAUAAAACAAUAGAUGAAAAACUUGAAGCUGAAAAAGAAUUUCAAAAUAAAAUUUUUUAUUCUACACAUAAAAAAUUAGCCGAUUAUAAACAAAUAAUAAAUAUAAUACAAUCACAAUCUCCAUUACAGAUUAAACUACAUGAAUAUACAACUCAAAUGCCUAUUCAAAUUGAAUUUAUUCAUUUUAAAACUGAAUUAUGUAAUCCAGAAUGGUCUCAAUUAUCUUUGACAAUUUUACGACGUUUACUUGAUUCAUUUGAUUUUCUAAAAAUAACUCGAUAUAUCUAUGCUUUAAGUCAAUUUCAUAUUCUUUUACAUCGAACUUUUACUCAAUUAAUUGAACAAGAAGAAUUUCUUACAAUUACAUUGAAACAAUUGUACGAACGAGCUCAUUCAAUUUCAAAUCGAUUUCGUCAAAAAAAUCAAGAAAAUAAUUAUUAUACAAUCAUUGAAAAUGGAAUUGAAGCUGUUAAUACUUAUCAUAAAUUUACUGAUGGACUUAUUCAACCAGGUGCUUGUAAUACUACUCAACAUUUUCAAAGCAUUUCUAUGGAAACACCAGUAAACUAUCUUGUUGAAACAGAUAACUAUGAUGAAGGAGAUAUUAUUAUGCGUAUAUUGAGUGUUCUUGUCGAUUAUCAUAAUAAUCUUCUCGAAUUACUUGAAACAGAAAUCAAAAACAAUGGUGAUACUCUUGGUUUAGGUCCAUUGAAAGAGAUUAUUUGUGAAUUAUCAAAAAGAGAAAUAUCAAUUUUACAGAUCGUUCAAGAAAAUAUGGGUGUAAUUACAUUAAAUAAAAUAGAUUGUCAAUGGAUUGAACAAUUGUCUCGAGCUAGUCUUGAAAACGAAAACAAUUAUUUUCUCAAAAUUGAUACAUCAUUAAAAUUUAAUUUUCUUUAUGUUCAAUCAUAUCUUAUUCGAACAUAUCUUCUCUAUUGUCGUAUUAAUUAUCAACAUAUCAAAGGAAAAUAUCAAUGUUAUAUUCAACCAAAAGUUUCAAUUACUACAAAUGAUCUUGAAAUGAAUAAUGAUAUCGAUAUGAAUUCUAAUAGUCUAUUGAUUGAUGAAUGGAAUCAUUUAGAACAAAAGAAUUUAGAUCAACUUCAGAAUGAAUUUAAUUUUCUUCAACGAAUUAUGGAUGUAAUAAAAAAUUCUUCGGAAGAUUAUUCAUCAAUGAAACUUUCAGAAUUUGUUCGAUAUAUCAAUUAUGAUCAUCGAUUUGUUCAACAAUUUGAACAAUAUCGAAUCAAAGAUUUUUCUUUAUCACAAAUUAAAAAUAUUUGUCAAUUAUAUGAACAAUCGAUUCAUCAUUUUCAAUAUACAUUUAUCAAUGUAUCUCAUUUAAUUCGUGUACCUUUUGAUAAGAAACUCAAUGAUGAACUCGAUCAUAUUUUCAGAUCUUCAUUGAUUUCUUCUAAUGAUCAGACAAUAAAAGAAGAAUUUCAAUCUAAAAUACGAAUGAUAACAGAAUUUUUAAAUGAUUUAAAAGAUAUCGAAGAUCUUCUCGCUGGUCAAUGGACUCAAUCAUUUGUAGAAAUAUGUGAAUAUUUACGAAUUGAUAAUUUGAUUGUUAAAUUAAUACCUAAAGAAAUCAAAUGUGAAAAUUAUGUUCCAUUAUGUUUAAAACUAAUUGAUAUACGAUCUCAAUUACAAGAACGAACAAUCGAUAUUGAAGAAAAAACUAUUGAUUUGUGGAGUGUUCGUUUUGAUAUUUCGGAUAUAAAUCAAUCGAAUGAAAAUAGUUUUCAAAUAUUUCGAAAUAAGAAUGAUGAUUUUUUGUCUAUCAUGUCAAAUUCGAUUUCUUCACUAGACUUUCCAUCAUCUUCUUCUCCACAAACAACAAUUACUACUACAAAUUCAAUUGAUUGGUUGGAUAUUUUCGAUAAUCCAAAUGUUCCUACUGAAAUAUUGAAAUCUGAAUAUUUUCCGUCACGAUCAAUCAAUUAUAUAUCUCUAUCCAAAUUAAAGUUAACAUUGAUUUCAUUAACACCAUCAACAUUAUUUGAAAAUAGUCAAAAACAAGCAGAACAAUUGGCAACAAAAGUGUCCAACACACGUUUUAUUAUUACAUAUCUAGAUGGAAAACAAAACAAGUAUUUAUGUAAACCUGAAAGACUCUAUGGACAAUUAAAAAAGAUCUUUGAUGAAAAAAAAUACGAUCCAAAUACAAUUGCUAUUAUUGAUUCAAAUCAAGUGUGCAUUGAUUUUAUGACAAAAAAUAUAAAUAAUUUAUUACCUAGUACAGAAGCAGAAUAUCGUGUAAUAGAAAAAUCAUUAUUAAUUCCAAUUGUGUUAGAAUUUGAAAAGAGUCAAUUGGAAUAUUUCACGACAGCAGAAGCAACAAUGACUGCGAUUCUCAGUCGUUUUAUUCAUGAUCAACAAUUGAAAUUUAUACCAUCUGAAAACUAUUUUAGUGUAUUUGAUUCAUUUGGACGAUACAUUGCUGACGAUUGUCAAAUCAAAAAUAUUUAUCGUUCAAAUGAACAAACACCGAUUCAGAUUCGAGUUCUUCGAUGUAAUAAGGAUGCUAAUAUUUGCUGUGAAGUAACUCUUACAACAGGUCAAGAUGAAACACAAAGUCAAUGGUUUACUCCAAUAACAACAUGGAAACAGAUUAGUUUAUGGACAAAAAUUAUCGGUAUCAAUUCAAAAACUCCAAUAGAAAGUUACAGAUUUUGGAAUAUAGAACAACAAUAUAUCAUUGAUGAAGAUGAAACAAUAUUUUUCACACUUGAUCAAGCUCAAUCUAUUAUUGUUGAUGUACUUAGUGGAGAAAAUAUCAUUGAUAUAAUUCUAUCAUAUGAUAAGAAUAGUCAAAUGAUUCAUAUUCUUAAUUCAUGUCCAGUUCAUAGUCUUCUAAGAAAUCCUAAAUAUUUAAAUCAAUUAGAUAUAAAACUAUCUUCUCAAGAUUGUAGUCUGAUUCUUGUCAUAGAUGAGACGAAGAAGCAGAUUCUCAGCAACUUAGAUAUGGAAUAUCCAAUUAGUCAUUAUGUCUCAACAACAAACAAACCGAUUCAUUUUCAAAUUACUAUUCUUUUUCAAAUCAUUCUAUAUGAGGAUAAAAAAGAAAUGUCGAUUCCGAUUUCUCAUCGAAAUAUAACAAUUAAACAAUUAUUAGACAUGAUUGAAAUCAAUGAUAUUCAUACAUAUUUAGCAUCCUGUAAAACUAAAAUGAUCUUAUCAGAGAAUACAGAAUUAUCUGUGAUAAAUGAAACGAAGUUUUUCUUAGUAAAAGAACAUCAAACAUGUCUCAUAUCCAUCGAACAAUCGAACGAUAUAUUAAUAGUAAUAAAUGAUGAGAAUACGCAAAAUGAUCAACGAUAUCUUAUUGAUGCUAUUAUGGAUGAUAUUUACAAACAAAAUAAUAAUAUCGAUCAAGAUCAAUAUCUUCUCUAUGAUCAUGAUUUUGUUCCAUCACGUGAAACACCAUUGAAUGCAUUAUUAUCUACUAGAACAUCAUCAAUUCAAUUUCAAUUAACAUAUCGAAAAUUUUCAACAAAUGUUACAGUGAUUAGUGAUGAACAAAAGACUCCAAUACGAUUUCAAUGUGAAUCAUCGAUGUCUAUUGGUCGUGUACAUGAAAUUGUUUGUCAAUUAUGGAAAUUAAACAAACGACUAUAUCGUUUAACUCUUGUCGAUGAUUUGAAUGUUGAUGAAGAAUAUUCAUUAGAUGAUAUCGGUGAAUCUAUCAAUGAUCUACAAUUUAAAUUGAUUUCGAUUGCUGAUACCAAAUGUGCAAUCACCUAUCAGGAUGAAAUCAUAAUGAUUUCAACUACAAAUGAAACACUUCUAUCGUCAAUUUUGAAACAAACUUUGGAAAAACUCUUGAUUCCGUUAGAUGAUAUAGAUAGAUUUGCAUUAAAUUUAAUGGAUGAUCCAGAAAAUCCAACCGAUGUCGAUCUUGAUUUAUCUAUUGAUGAUAUUCGCUUAGGCUUUUCCACUGAAUUCAAUAUUAUACCAUUUCAAUACGUAAGUAAUGUUAGCACCAGAUUCGCGUAUUUCCUGUCUUUAUUCGCCCCUGCGUCUGUGCUGUCUUCCUACUCGAUUGUGCUGAAUGCAGAAUUUAAUUCUCUAUCGAAUGGUAACAACUUCGACCAAGGUCGUCGACCAUAAAAUAGCGUCUACCACCAAAAAACUGACUAUCGCUCUAUGUGACGAAUUCGGAAAACAUGUAAUUCCUGUCCCGAUUCGCGCAUACACCUGUGCUGUUCCCCUCUUCGCUUGUGCUAGAUGCAGAAUUUUACGCUCUAUCCAAUGGUAUAAGUUUUCGAUAGCCUCAUCGACCAAAAAGUUGGGGUUUCUGGCCAAAUACCGUCCCAAAACCCACUUUUUAACAUUAUCACCUGCCCGGAUUCGAAAAUCCACCUGUGCUGUUUCCAUAGUUGGUUGUGCUGGAUGCAGAAUUUAAUUCUCUAUCGGAUGGUGACAACUUCGACCAAGGUCGUCGACCCCAAAAUAGGGUCUACCACCAAAAAACUAACUUCCGCUCUAUGUGACGAAUUCGGAAAACAAGUAAUUCCUGCCCCGAUUCGCGCCUACACCUGUGCUGUUCCCCUCUUCGCUUGUGAUAGAUGCAGAAUUUUGCUCUCUAUCCAAUGGUACAAGUUUCUGAUAGCCUCGUCGUCCAAAAAGCUGGGGUUUCCGGCAAAAUACCAUCCCAAAAACCAUUUUUUUACAUUAUCUCCUGCCCGGAUUCGAAAAUCCACCUGUGCCGUCUCCAUAGUUGGUUGUGCUGGAUGCAAAAUUUAAUUCUCUAUCGAAUGAUGGUAUUUUCAAGUAAAACCAAAAAAAGGAACGGGUGUUAAUGGACUGAUACCUACCCCAAUCUACAUUUAACACAAACCUGACCCUCUGUCUCAUUCCCAGACGCUGUGCUCUCACUCGGAUACCUUGUGCUCAGUGUAGCAUUCAAUUCGCUAUCGAAUGGUGGUAUUUUCAACUAAAACCACACGAAGACACGGGAGUUAAUGGGCUGAUACCUACACCAAUGGACCCUUCCAUCAAAACCUGACCCUGUAUCUCAAUCGCUGAUGUUGUGCUCUCUCUCGGGUACAUUGUGCUGAGCAUAGAAUUCGAUUCUCUAUCGAAUGGUGGUAUUUUCAAGUAAAACCAAAGGAAGCAACGGGAGUUAAUGCGCUAAUACCGAGCCCAAUGGACUUUUAACACAAACCUCACCCUCUCUCUCAAGCCCAGACAUUGUGCUCUCCCUCGGAUACCUUGUGCUGAGUGUAGAAUUGCAUUCUCUUUGGAAUGGUGGUAUUUUUAAAGAGAUCUAACGCAAGGAACGGGAGUUAAUGGGCUGAUACCUACCCCAAUCGACCCUUCCAGCGAAAACUGACCGCAAAUGUCAAUCCCUGACAUUCUGCUGUCUUUCGGAUGGCUUGUGCUGAGUGCACAAUUCGAUUCCCUAUCUAAUGGUGGUAUUUUCAAAGAGAUGCAACGGAAGGAACGGGAGUAAAUGGGCUGACACCUACCGCAAUCCACCCUUCGAAUCAAAACUGACCGCGUAUCUCAAUCCCUGACAUUGUGCUUUCUCUCGCAUGGCUUGUGCUGAGUGUGGAAUUCGAUUCUCUAUCGAAUGGUGGUAUUUUCAAAGAGAUCUAACGAAAGAAACGGGAGUUAAUGGGCUGAUACCUACCCCAAUCGACCCUACAAGUGAAAACUGACCGGGUAUCUCAAUCCCUGACAUAGUGCUCUCCUUGGGAUGGCUUGUGCGGAGUGUGGAAUUCGAUUCUCUAUCGAAUGGUGGUAUUUUCAAAGAGAUCCAACGUCAGGAACGGGAGUUAAUGGGCAGAUACCUACCCCAAUCGACCGUUCCAAUGAAAACUGACCGCGUAUCUCAAUCCCUGACAUUGUGCUCUCUCUCUGAUGGUUUUUGCUGAGUGUGGAAUUCGAUUCUCUAUCGAAUGGUGGUAUUUUCAAAUAAAUCCAAAGGAAGGAACGGGAGUUAAUGGACUGAUACCUACCCCAAUCGCCCCUUCCAACAAAACCGGAGGGUGUAUUUCAAUCCCUGACAUUGUGCUCUCUCUGGGGUGGCUUGUGCUGAGUAGAGAAUUCGAUUCUCUAUCGAAUGAACUGGAAACAUGCUGAAGAAUAAGUGCUAAAACAAAUCAGAUUUCAUACCAUGUGUUGAAAGAAUAUAGAUGACAAUCUUAAUAGACUUGAUUGUAAUCCAACUUACUUUUUAUCUAAACACAAGAGAAAGAAAUUUUUACAUAAAAUCGAUCUAAUUAGUUCAGCGUAUUUUAUAUGCAUUUAUAUGUAAUAAAUAUAAAUGCUAAACGUUAUUUAGUUUUUGACAUUCAUUUUAAUUAGUGAAGGAAGACUCAAACCUGGGAAAGAAAAGUCGAUGAUCUUUUUUUUUUGUUGAUAAACACCUAAUAUUACUGAUAUCUAAUAUGACUAUUUUUUAUAUUUCGUUUCUAUGUUAUUAGAUGACUUAAUUGUAUGAGGCAUAAAUAUGAACAAAUAUGCAGUAGGAUCAUCGAAUCCAAUAUGCGUUUUUGUUUGAAUUUUGAAAUGAGUUCGAUUAAUAUAAAAACUAAUCUAGUUAUAGGUGUACCAAUCUAGUGAAAAACUAUCAGAUUAUGCAAGAUUAUGUCCGAUUAUAAUUUUGAUUUUCGUUGCAUAAAUUCAUAAAAGAACAACUAUAGUAUGAUAAACAAAAUCCAUUGCUAUAAUUUUUUUCUACGUUGAAAUUAUUACUAAUUCUUUUUUCGUAAACGUGCACAAAUAAGACAUCAAGAGAUAAUAAACGGUUUCCAAUCAUUAAAUCACUUAAUAGAAUCUAUUGUGCAAAUAGAAUAAUUUGCAAGGGGAAAAAAUUAGAUCCUAG